CGUCUGUCUGCUGACACAGAAACAACCUCUGCUGCUGGUUACAUUCAUUUGAUUUGACUCAAACUGAUCGAUUGUGUCUCGGUACAGUGUGGGGGUGCUACUGGAGGUGAUGGAUAAGAGCGGUAGGACCAUGAAUAUGUUCCUUACAGAACUCAACAAGCACAGUAGGAACAGUACUCACCCAUACCUGAUGGAAUGCAGUGAGUCUCUGGGACGAAGAACCCACAGGGAGAAGUUUGUCUACUUCUACAGAGAGGAUGAGGUGAAGAUGAUCAAGUCCUACCAGUACCAAGAAAAAACAGACGUGCUCGCCAGAGAACCUUACAUCCUGCAGUUCAAUUGCCCAAAUACAGUUGUGCAGAAUCUGGUGCUGAUCCCAGUCCAUACCAAACCAGUAGACGCAAAGGCAGAGCUGAACGCUCUGCAUGAUGUGGUCACUGCUGUGAAGAGAAGAUGGAGAAAUUACAACAUUAUGAUUUUGGGGGACUUUAACGCAGAUGGACGUUAUCUUUCCGAUGAACAGCGGAGAAGGAUCCGCAUCCGCUCUGCCUACUACUAUUGGCUGAUAGGUGAUGAUGUCGACACCACGACGAGCAACUCGAAUGAUCACACCUACGACAGGAUUGUGGUGUAUCGUACGAUGCUUGACGCGGUCGUCCCUAAGUCCGCUAGACCUUUCAACUUCCAGAGAGCUUACCACCUGUGUGAUGCCGAUGCGGCAGCCAUCAGCGACCACUACCCUGUGGAAGUGGAGCUUCAGAGGGAUUAACAUGACAAAGGAGAAAAGAUGUUAGAAGAAGAAGAAGAAGAAGAAGGAUGUCCCGAUGGCUCAUCACAAAUUAUAGAUGCAUGCCAGAGCUUAUUUACACAUACUAUAUCAUUGUGUAUUUACUUACAAUGCUUAUGGCUUCAGCUUUACGUUAUCUGAA